CCGCUUAUAGUUUCUUUAAAAACGAUACUUGUAUUUUUAAAUAGCACUCUCCAUUCUAUUUGUUAGUAAUAAAAUUUAACGUAAGAAACUCUUUAUACCCUUGUUGAGUAGCAACUGUUUCCAGUAAGACUAUAAUUCAAGUUCAAUUUUUUCCGUAAACAUAACUACUCGUGUUAGGUUCUGACGUCACUGCAGACGUGCUUGACGUCAGCAGCAUAUGGUAUGGUUACCUAGGCAACAGAGAUCUGUCGUAAUUGGUCCAAUAUUCGCAUACUUACGUAUGCACUUGUGCGUAUUGCAUAUAUAUAGUGGUUAAAAAAAGAAGAAUAUUUAAAUCGUCCAAAGGUGAUUUUUUAAACUGGUGGAAUUCUUUUUAUCAUUACAUCACACAUCAUGACAUUUCGUUCUUCUUUAUAUCAAGUAGUACUAAGCUUUUACAAUCGAGAUUUAUAGAGUAACUGUACAAUUUUAUCUCAAGAAGUACAGUAUCGUGUUAUUCUCUGAUAAGAAACAAAAAUGGUAGCCGGUAAACUAGCUUUUGUAACAGGUGCAGGAGGUGGUAUAGGUAGAGAAGUAUGCCGUCUCUUGACAAAACAGGGUGCUAAGGUUAUUGCCGCCGACCGGGAUUUGAAAAGUGCUGAAAAAACUGUUGCAUCUUUAAAUGAUUCCAAACAUUUGGCACUAAAUGUAGAUGUUUCUGAUGAAAGUAGUAUUAAGGAAGCAUUUAAAAUUGCUGUAAAUAAAUAUUCAGUGCCACCAACUAUUAUAGUCAAUUCUGCAGGCAUUACACGCGAUCAAUUUAUUUUAAAACUUACACAAGAUGAUUUUGAUCAAGCAUUGAACGUAAAUUUGAAAGGGACAUUUUUCACAAUUCAAACAGCAGUGAAAGAAAUGAUGAAUGCGAAUGUAAGCACAGGUAGCUCAAUUAUUAAUUUAAGUUCCAUCAUUGGCAAAAUAGGAAACAUGGGUCAAGCUAAUUAUGCUGCAUCAAAAGCUGGUGUUAUAGCUAUUACAAAAACUGCUUGUUUAGAAUUUGGACAGUUUGGAAUCCGUGUAAAUGCAGUGCUACCUGGUUUUAUAGAAACUCCUAUGACAGAAACUGUACCCGAUAAUGUGAAACGAAUGUUUAUAAAACGAGUAGCCCUUCGUAGAAUGGGAAAGCCAGAAGAAGUAGCAGAAGUUAUUGCAUUUUUGGCAUCCAGUAAAAGUUCUUAUAUUAAUGGCGCUUCUAUUGAAGUUACAGGGGGAAUGAACUGAGUUUAAAAACAUUUUGAUACAUUUUUAUAAUUUGUUAUGGAUGUAAUAUAUACAAUUGUGUACAUAAACAUAAAA